GAGCUAUUGGGUGUACCGCCACGCAGCGACCACUGCAUUUCCAUAUUUCCGCCAAGUAUCCCAAGCCCAACCCAGCAUGUUGCUCAUCACUGCGUUUCCUCGUCGCUUCAUCACCGCCAAGGCUAGGUCCAAAGUCCUCGUCGUGUCCACUAUGGCGCCUUCACCUUCACACCGCCGCCAAGUCCACUCGACGUCGGCUGCAGUGUCGGACCUCGUGACUAGCAACCGCUUCCAAGACGCGGCGAGAAAGCACGUCCAUGCACGCACGAAACCCGUGAACGAGCGUCCACAGCGCCACCACCAUCACGAUGACCUGCAUCCGUCAUCCACGUCGUCGUCGAUGUCCUCGGUCAACCUGACGUUCUCUGGUUUAUACCCCGAGCCAUUGUGGUACACGACGAGCCCCCGCACCCCGUGCAACGACCCAUCGUUCCCGGGCUUGGUGGACGGCCAGCUGCACUCGAUCGCGAUGCCAAACUUGACCACGUGCACGCGCCAAGACGUGGUCGACUACUUUGACAACACGUGGGCGUUGACAGACAUGCUGUUCUCGAGCUUCCAGUCCGAGGCAGCGUUCGUUCAGCCGCCGCCGCACCAGCUCCGCCACCCCAUGGCGUUUUACUAUGGCCACCCCACGUGCUUUUACAUCAACAAGUGCCGGCUGGCGGGGCUGCUGGACCAGCCCGUGAAUGCCGCGUUCGAAGACUUGUUCGAGGUGGGCGUCGACGAAAUGCGGUGGGACGACAUGAGCAAGAACGAGAAGGAGUGGCCCAGCGUGGCUUGUGUGCAGGCGUAUCGCCGCCAAGUGUACGGCGUGAUCAAGGGGCUGCUGGAGAGUCAUGCGGAUUUCGCCGACGGCCACGGCCCCAUCACGGCGGCAUCGCAGUCGUGGGCGCUGUUCAUGGCCAUGGAGCACGAGCGCAUCCAUCUCGAGACGUCUUCCGUGCUCAUGCAGGAGCACGCCGUGGACAACUUUGUUCAGCCGGACACGUUCCCAUCGUACCACCCGUCGGCAUCCCGACCACGGUCGGCCAAAGUGCCCGUGGAAGGCACGGAUUAUCCUGUGAACCGCAUGAUCCAAGUCGCGACCCACGACGGCCGCCCCCACGUGGUGACGCUGGGAAAGCCAUCGUCGUUUCCGUCGUUCGGGUGGGACAACGAGUACGGCGCCAAGACGGUCGCGGUCGCGUCGCCAUUUGCCGCGUCGUCGCAGCUCGUGUCGAACGGCGCGUUCUGGCAGUUUGUCAAAGACGGAGGGUACUUGAACCAGAAGCUGUGGUCGGUCACGGGGUGGGCGUGGCGGUCGUUCCGCAACACCAAGUGGCCGCAGUUCUGGCGUCCGGAUGGCCCCCAGGGCAGCCACGAGUACCGGCUUCGGGCGCUGUUUGACGAGAUCGACAUGCAGUGGGACUGGCCCGUGCAGGUGAAUCUGCACGAAGCCCAGGCGUUUUGCCGAUGGAAGAACCAGCAAGACGACAACAUCGCGUCCGAGUACUACCACGUGAUCACCGAGCCCAUGCACCAGUUGCUGCGAAACGACCUAGACAAGAGCAACCCCAUCACUUCAUCCACGACCUUUCAAGAUGCGAUUUUGAACCACCUGCCACGACACACCACGAUGGCCACAACUGACGACGCGCCCCAACGCAACACCAACGUGAGCUUUGCCUCGUUCAGCCCCGUGGACAGCAUGGCGCCCAAUGAUCAGGGCUUCCACGACGUGUUUGGCAACGCCUGGGAGUGGUGCCAGGACCACAUGAGUGCGCUGCCGGGGUUCAAAGUCCACCCCGUGUACGACGACUUCACCCUGCCAUGCUUUGACGGCGAGCACCAUGUGAUCAUGGGUGGGUCGUUCAUGAGCAGCGGCGGCAACGGCGCGUCCAAGUUCAGUCGGUUCCAUUUCCGGCCUCAUUUCUUCCAACACGCGGGCUUCCGCGUCGUGUCGAGUGCCGUGACGACGACGACCGACGGCGACCAGGUCGUGGACGUCAUGACGUCGUGUGUGAACGCGCCCGAGCCCCACACGGUCGUGAAUCCGUUCCGAACGUCGUCCACCUUCGUGCUCCACCCGUCCAAGGUGUCGUCGGUGUUUCUGACCAAGUUGGAGGCGCAGGCGGCGACCCAGUGGCGGGACUUUGGUGCCGGCUACGACAACGUGCACGUGGUUCUACCUGGCGACGACUCGAUCCAAGUAGAAAAGUUGGAAAGAAAAGGAGAGCAUGUAGGGUCAGUGCUCCUCGUGGUUCCGAGUGCGUUGGACGGCCAACUAGACAAGGAUGACGAGUGGGAGCGGGUAAAGGAGGGCGUGCUGCCGCACGUGGAAAAGGAAGGAUCGGACGUCCGCCGCGUGUCCAUGGUGCACGUGUCGGCGUGGAGCCAACGAUCUACUAGCACUAGCUAGUAAAAGUCUCUAUUUAUUAUAACUCGAUUGUGUACACGGACA